AUGGGCUUCCUCUCCUCGGCUUUCGGGUUCAGUCUAUUCGCCGCCCUCGCGACCAUUCUAAUUCCCUGGGGAAAUCAUGUCAUCAGGAUUGGUGGUCUCUUUCUGACUCCGAAUCCCACUGUGCUAGCGGAAGGACAGGGUCCGAUCUACAUUGAGGACACCGUCCACUGUGAGGAUGUUCACCACUAUCGCCCCGAGAACUUACUCUUUACGGCAUGCGAAGACUCCAAAAGCACCCGUUUUGACUGGUUUCCCCCACUGGCACAUUUGACCCCGGUGCCUGAGGCGCGGGGGUCAAUUCAUGUUGUGAAUCCCACGACAAUGAAGUCGUCCCGUCUGGAAUUCGAAAACUUUGACGGACCCUUUGUCACCCAUGGGAUCGAUGUUAUCGCGGAUCCCAAGCAGGCCGACGCCGUCUACAUCUUUGCCGUGAACCACCUGCCAAACCCGGACCGCGGGCUAGCCGCGGGCGCCGAUGAUAUUCCCCAGGCCCGCUCGCAAAUCGAACUAUUCCAUCAUGUGUUGGAGUCCAAGACGGUGCAGCAUGUCCGUUCCAUCUGGCACCCGCUCAUUGAGACUCCCAAUGACGUCUAUGCCGACAGCCCCAAUUCGGUCUAUGUCACCAAUGACCACUUCUACCGUGAUGGACACAUGCGCCUGAUUGAGGACCUCUGGCCCUCCGCUCAGUGGUCGACUGUGAUUCACGUCCAGCUCACGGACCUCCAGGCCAAGGACUCUGCAGGGCUCGAGGCCUCGGUCGCACAUUCUGGUCUGUGGAACAACAAUGGUCUCGGCCAUGGCCGCACCGAAGACGAAAUUGUGAUUUCGAGUGCCAUGGGUGGCGAGUUAUAUGUCUCCACACGUCAUCCGAAUCACACAAUCUCGAUCAAGUCAACUGUGCCCUUCGAUACCGUCACAGAUAAUCCUAGCUUCUUUGCGGAUCCGCAUCGCACUGAUACCGACGACGCGAGUGGUUAUGUUGUGGCGGGUGUGACGCAGGGUCUCUACCUGGCGAAGACUGCCAAGGACCCCGACGCGACUGAAUCAUCUCAAGUCUGGUAUGCGCGGCCCAAGGGUGAUGGUUGGGAGAAGAAGCUGUUAUUUGAAGAUGAUGGUUCGCGCAUUCGCUCGGCUAGUGCGGCGGUCUUGGUUCCUCUUGAGCCGGAGCAGGGUCAGAAGAAGGCCUGGUUGUUUGUAACUGGGUUCUUGUCGGAGAAGAUGAUUGCUGUAAAGGUGGAUCUGUAG